AUGUCUACGAACGAGGAGGCAAGUCGCUUGCGUGACCUCCAAGCAGACGUUCGUGACCAGGAUGAUCUUGAGAGAGAUAUCACUCGCCAGGCCGAUAAAGCCCUGGCCGAUAAAGCGGAAGAGAAUGACAUCAAGCGGCUUGAGAAAGCCCUUGUGGAUCGGGAACGGGUGGAUUCGCAGGUCCGGCAAGCGCAGCGGCGCUUGACACAGCCUGUCGGAGCCGCCACUCGCCAUCGCGUCGAGAAUGAGCUGAAAAGGCUGCAAAUGCGCAAGGCCGAUCUAGGGAAAGACCUGAAGGACAUACAACAGCGCAUCGAUGAGAGACGCGAGUCGCAGGGCAAUUCGACGGUGGCACACGGGUCAGGGCGACAGCCGAAUGAGUCCCGCCGCGACUAUCUCCUGCGAACCGGAAAGAUCACCCCGUUUGCAUUGAUGCAAGAGGGUUCCAGAGAUGGACCACUUGCUAAUCUUCACGAUGCACUUGUUGAUGCGGAGGACCAGCAGCAUGAGGAGGAGGAGCGCGAACAAGCCAAACAUCAGCCAGCCGUCUCUCACCGGGACCUUGCGCGUCCAGACUUCGACUUUGACGAGAGCAUCGAAAGCAAGAGGAAGCGGAGGAAGGUAGAUGGUCGUAGAUCUCCGGGAGCAGAUUCUUCGGCAAGUUAUGUUGUCUCUGAUGCUGAUGCCACAUCUGAGGGUGAAGAGUUCAUGCCUGAUACUCUCCCUGAAACCAAGCCAAGUGGCAAGCGCAAGCAAGGAAAAGUGACCACUGAGCUUGAAGACCUGAGUGGGGUUGAUGAUGGAAACGAGGCAAUAUACCAGUCCCGCGUCCAGGAAUGGAUCAGUCGGCGAAGCUCUGCUCGACAACACGCUGACAGUCAUUCUAUCGAAGCCGACCUGAACGAAGAAGAGGAGUGGCUUAAGCCGCAUCCCAGUGAACCAGCCAUGGAGCUUGACAAUGGGCUGCGGGUCCCUGGAGAUAUCAGCCGCUUCCUUUUCCCCUACCAGAAAACUGGAGUCCAAUGGCUUUGGGAGUUGCACCAGCAAACUGUCGGCGGAAUUAUCGGAGACGAGAUGGGGUUGGGGAAAACCAUCCAGGCGAUUUCUUAUCUCGCGGCACUGCAUCACAGCAAGAAGCUUACCAAACCCGCUAUCGUUGUUUGCCCUGCGACUCUCAUGAAACAAUGGGUUAAUGAGUUUCACCGCUGGUGGCCACCCUUCCCCGAGAAAAUGCACUUACAUCAGAAAUGA